GAUGAUGUGAUUCUAGUGGGUUAUCCUAAAUCAGGAACCAAUUGGCUUGAACAAAUGGUGAAGGAGUUGGCAGAUGCCAAAUAUACAGAAGAGGAAAUGAAAGAGAGAAUAAAUGCUGAAAAGAAGYUAGAGACAUUUCAGCGUCUAGAAUUUGGGGAUCCUGGGAUCUAUGAGAGGAUGAAGCAGCUGCCUUCCAGAAGAAUUAUAGUAACCCAUCUGACACCUGAUGUCCUGCCUCCGUCCAUUUUCCAAAGCCAGGCUAAGAUCCUUGUGCUAGUUCGAAACCCCAAGGACACGGCUGUCUCCUAUUACCACUUCUGCAACAAACUACCAGCGCUGCCAUCCUUUGCCUCCUGGGAUGAGUACUUUGCAGACUUCAUGAAUGGAAAAGUGGCCUGGGGAUCCUAUUUUGACCAUCUAGCAGAAUGGAACAAAUACAUCRACAAUGAGAGGAUCAUGACAAUAAGCUAUGAGGARCUCAAAGAGGACCCGAUACUGGGGAUGAAAAAGAUUGCUUCCUUCUUUGGAUUCUCCCUGUGUGAGGAAGAUUUUUCCAGAAUUGCCAAGAAGACUAGUUUCAAUGCUAUGAAAGACAAAGCCAAUGAAACCCAUGGAAAGUUUGGGGACGUCCUCUUCCGGAAAGGGGUUGUUGGGAGCUGGAGAGAUCUCUUCUCUAAAGCUCAGAAUGAAGAAAUGUACCAGAAAUUUCAGGAUUCCCUAGGAGGAACAAAGAUGGCGGCGAAGAUAAAAUACGAUGUGUACUGCAAGGCCUGAAAAUGAGCAGAUGAAUAGCAACACUGCAAGUCUUAUUCCAAAGGUGRUUCUCCAAAGGUGGAUACUGACCAUUUUUCCUUUCCAUGAGACCCACUCUGAGAACUACCUGGCACCUCCAAGAAUUUGSAACUUGUGCUUUGAUUGACGUAACCAAAUAAAAUGUGUGUAUACCUUGA